AAAAGUAUAUUCAUAAAACGUACAUACACCGAAAUGACUUGCUCAACAACAUGGCAAAUUGUUGCGCGAUUUCGGCCUAAAAAAUUAUAAAAAAAAAAAUAUUAUUAUAUUAACAACAACCAACAAGUGUAAAUAAAUAAUUGUUCAAAACAAUACUCCAACAAACAAAUAAAUAAAUCUAAAUUUUAUAAAUAAAUUUAUAAAUGCCAACUAAAAAUAAAUUAUUAUUUUUUUUUUUUGACAAUCAAGAUUAACAAAAAUAAAAAAAAAAAAGUUCAACUAAAAAAAAAAAAUUAAAUAAAUAAAAAACAAUUUAUUAUAAAAAAAAAAAAUAAUUGUGUGUGUGGAUGUUUGCAAGUCCAAGUCAAACCAGUGAUUUUUUUUUUUACUUUGUUUAUUGUUUUUAUUUUUUUAAUUUAAUUUUUAUUAUUAUUGAAAAAGAAAUAAAAGGAAAAACAAUGUGCUAGUGCGUUUUAAUAAAUAACAUAAAUAAAUAUUAUUCAGUGAUAAAAAACAAAAAUAAAAAAUAAAAAAAACAAGCAAUAAAAUAAUAAUAAUAAUAACGAAAGAGUCAUAUAUCAGUUAAACAAUUAAAAAUAAUACAACAAAAGCCAAACUCCAAAAAAAAAAUAAAAUAAAACUGUUAAAUGACCUGGAUAUAAUUUUAAAUUGAAUUAAAAUUAAAUGAUAAUUAUUGUUUAAUAGCAAUUGACAAUUGUUGUUUAUUAAAAAAAAAAUCAAAUAAUUAAAAAAUGGGUGCUAAAACAAGUACAGUAGCACAAACAACUGGUGGUAAUGGUCAAUCAUCAAAUGGUGGUAAUGAUACUAUUCAGGGAUUUUCAAUAUUACGUUCAUUACCUGGUGGUGUUGGUCUAUUACAACAUCAACAAACAAAUCAAACACAAUCAAGAUUACAAAGUGAUAGUAGACAACGUGCACGUUCAUUAAGUUCAGUACCAGAUUUAACAACAAAUGAACAAAAUAAUAUUGGUAAUACAGUUGGUGUUAAUGUUGGACAAGCACUUGGUCUUGUUAGUCUUGAUUCAGAUGAUGGUGAUGAAGACAGUGGUAGAGUUUAUGCUGCUCAUAGUUUACCAUCACAUAUAUGGUCAUUAAAUGGUCUCAAGUGUCCUGUAUGCUCAAAAUUCAUAUUGCCAGAUGAUAUUGAAUGUCAUUUGGUAAUGUGCCUGACAAAACCACGUUUAAGUUAUAAUGAGGAUGUACUUGCUGAUGAAAAAGGUGAAUGUGUCAUAUGCCUAGAAGAAUUGAUACCUGGUGACGUGAUAGCUCGCCUACCUUGUCUCUGCAUAUACCACAAAAACUGUAUUGAUAAAUGGUUUCAAGUUAAUCGCAGCUGUCCUGAACACCCUGGUGACUGAUUUGCACUUGUAAAAAAUUUAAAUAUUCACUAAAAUAUAAUAAUUUAAAUAAACCACCAGUUAGUUAAAACGAGCUAAUUUAAACGAAAAAUUUAUAUAAAUCAUAUGGACAAGUGGAUCAAAUCAUGCAGGACCGCAAGUUUAAAAAAUAAAAUUUAAAUACAGUGAAUGAAAUAUAAAAACAAUUAUUUAAUUUAUCAAAAUUCAAUAUUUUUUUUUUUUUUUUCCUACUACUAGUCAAGUCGUACGAUCGUGGUUUUCGUAAUAAAAGUGGCAAUCGUUUGCGAUAAAUUUUUUAAGACUCGAUUGACUCGAGACUAAAGAAAUAAAAUAUUUAUAAAAAUGCAGUAAAUAAUAAAAAAAACAAGUAAGACAAUUUAAUAAUUUUCAAAAAUAAAACAUGAGCAAGUGAAAAAUAAAUAAACAAUUUAUUGAGUAAUUCAACUUGCUCAAUAAAAAUUAAUAUACAAAAUAAACAAGGGGACUUAUUAAAUCAUUUCGAAAUGAUAAAAAUAAAUUGAUAUAUUAUCCAUAUGUACCUUUAAUUAUUAUUCAAUUAUAACUGCUAUAUAUCGCUAACUAUCGAUUGUACAAUAUUUUUAAAUAUUAAUUAGUUUUACAUCUUCGAUUUGAAUUUAAGAAAACUUAAAAAUCUAAAUAAUUGAAAUACAAAAUUAUGGAUAAAUAAGAAACAAACAAAUAUUAAAAAUAUAUAUAUGAAAUUAUUAUUGAACAUGUUAUAAUUAAUUUUUUUUUGUUUUAUCAAAGAUGCAGUGAUAUCGUGUUAUUAGUUUAUGAAAAAAAAAAAAAAUCAAUACGAUUAUGGUGAAAUUAAUAAUUGAAAAAGAAAAAACAAAAAAAUGCUCUACCCUAGUUAAGUUAUUUAGUUAUUAAUUUUAAUGAUUUUACAAAAUGAUUUAAGAAGAAAAAAAAAAAUUUAGCAAAGUGAAUGUAUUGUUUUUUGUUGUUUGUUGAGGUGGAGAGAGAUGAUGAGUGAUAGAAAGGAUAUUUUUGAUACUUUCAUAAAUGGAAGAGAUGCCAGAAUGUAAUAAUUAUUAUGAAAAAUAAAGAUAAUGAAUUGUCAUUAAUACUGUUGA